AUGGCUGCCCCUCAAGAGACCAUCGCCACUCAAGUUACUGAUGAGAUAGCCGAGACUCGAGCUGCUGCGCCGAACACCGAAUUCCAGGUAAUUGUCGACGCAGGGGACAACCAAAUCUGCGUGGGUCCUAUUCUUACAUCGCCGAGCCACUUGUGUGAUAUCACUACUCCCUAUCAUGACGAAGUCCCACCACGCUUCUCUCUUCCACAUCAGUCGUCCAUCUGGUUCAACACAACCUUCCGAAAUUGGCCGGUCGAACACAAGGGAUACCAUGCCUGGGUAAACAGACUGAAGCCUCACUUUGGACACAUAUGGACCGAGGUCGGAAUAUAUGACAUGAUUAGCCUUUGUAAAGCAAUUCGCCCAAUAGCCAAGCACUACAUAAUGGGCGCAUCACUUUUCUGGUCUAGUGCGGUAAACUGCUUCUGCUUCAAAUUCGGCGCUAUGACCAUCACACUUCUGGAUUUGGCAGUGAUGCUUAACAUUCCAAUAGUUGGCGAAAGGAUUUCGCCCAACCUCUCGGCCGAUGAACCAAACUUCAAGCUGACCAAGCCCCAACGAAGUUACGGCCCUUACAUCGGCAUUUUCCAGGGCGAUACGGAUACUGUUCCCGACAACCGAGAACACGUAGCAUUUCUGGCCUUCUUCAUCUCCAAAUUUAUCCUAUGUCCGGCUUCGUUCAGGGUCACCCAAGAUAGCUUCGUCCUCGCCGCUGCUUGGGCCGAAGGUCGAAGAUGUAAUGUAGGUGAAUUCUUGCUCGCCCAUUUAUACCGAUCUUUAAAUGACAUCGCCCCACACGCUGAAAAGAGGGUAUUCAAAUGUCCUGGUGGUCCGUUGUGGGUCGCCCAACUUUGGUUAGCAAUGUAUUUUCCGGAACUAUUUGAGAGUGUUCCCUCUAUAAAGGCCGAGCUGAAUGGCUUUUCUCUCAUAUCGUCUGGCACUCGCCUCGGCCACGUUUUAGAUAUCCUUGAAGUUUUUAACCACUCAGUAAGGGCGUCGGAGCUGUUCUGCCCGAUUUUAUCUAUGAAGUAUCCACCAUCAUGGCUUCUGAUCGGCUGGGAUGGUGGCCAGUACUGCGGAAGCGCCCUAAAGGCCAGGAAUUUGAUCGCUGGUCUGGAGUAUAAGCAAAGUGGCAUCGAGUUGUAUUGCCCCAACUACGUGUCUCGCCAAUUCGGUUUUAACCAAGGCAUCCCCUGUUCUUUAUUGAUCUCCGUCAAUAAUCGCGGGACCCAUAAAGCUUCCUUAGAAAAUUAUGCUGGCCUCCAGUUCAUAAUUCGCCUCAAUAAGGCUUAUCUACCCCCCAUUCCAGACCUGUCUCGUCCCUCAUCUAAACCCAAAACUACCCCUGAAUAUGAGAGCUGGUGGGCUUCGGUCACAGAGUCCUUCUUUGAUCUUUCGCCGAAAGAAAUCCUUUCUCUUCACAAUUUUUCUUUACCUCCUUUGUCAAGAACUCCUACUCAUGCCGAUCUCUUUCUUUUGCAGGCCCCGAAACGUCCCCAAUAUGAAGCUCAUAUUCGUCCUAAGUUUAAGUAUAAGAGCCCACCGGUUCCAAAAUGCAACAUGUCCACGAAUAUUCCCAUUAAAAAACUUAUAAAGAAAACCAAAAAAUCUGAGCCGAUCAUUAAUAGUGAGGGAGUCUCUUAUACCGGUAUUAGAUGUCCAUCUGAUGCCGAGGCUAUAGCCGAAUUGGUUCGAGUCGGUUAUACCAGAAUUCCAGUUGGCGUGCCGAAAUGGCACAAGGAUGACAAGUUUGACAUUGAUGGAGACGACGAACCUGAAACCAAACGAUCGAGAGCCAAACGCCCGGCGAAGCAAAAGCCAUCUAAAGAAGCCAAGGCGAAAAACAGAAAGUGGAGCCUAGAGGAUCUCGCCUGUUUCAUCCUUCGCCCAAGGAUUCUGAUUCUUCCAAACGGGCAACUCCAUCCGCCAGCUCUCAUUCGUCUUCUAGGGGCGAGACAAAAACGGCAGAAGAUUUUCCUGCCGAAGAAGCAGAAUGCACGCAAGUUUCAGUAG